CUAUUGGCUAAAGUCAGCACGAGGCCGCUGCAUGACGACAUCCGCAGACAGUCGCUGUUUGUGAUUCCAACUUUUGCGUCGAUCUCCCGGAUACUCAAGGAGCGCCAGGGAUAACGACGCCACCACAGACUGCUGGAUGGGUCUACCCAUGGACAACCCCAACCACAACGAUGAUGCACAUGAAGAUGAACAGCAGGCACAAAAAAAAGAGCUCACCGGCCAACUGGAACCCUGCAGCUUUCCUCAAACCAUUAAAAAGAAGAAGAAAAAAAACAAAAGUGCGACGUGCUGCUCUUAGAUACGGCCUCAGAGAGGCAAAGGAAGAUGAAGACUGGACGCUGUUGUGGACUGACUGCUCUGUGACUUUUGAUCGUAUUAAAGGGAUGAAAAGUUACCAGAAAAUAAACCAUUUCCCAGGAAUGACUGAAAUCUGCCGCAAAGAUUCGCUGGCGAGAAACAUGAAACGCAUGCUCAAGCUUUUCCCCAAAGACUACAAUAUUUUCCCCAAAACAUGGUGCCUCCCUGCAGAUUACCGUGAUUUCCAGGCUUACAGCAAGAAAAAGAAAGCCAAAAUUUUCAUCUGUAAGCCAGAGGCAAGUUCCCAAGGAAAAGGUAUAUUCAUCACAAAAUCAAGCAAAGAUAUUCAGCCGGGAGAACAUAUGAUCUGCCAGGUUUACAUCUCACGGCCAUUUAUAAUUGAUGGAUACAAAUUUGACAUGCGCAUCUAUGUUCUGGUGACAUCAUGUGACCCAUUCAGCAUAUUAAUGUACAAGGAGGGUCUCGCCCGCUUCUGCACCACAAAGUACAAUGAACCGACCCGUGGCAAUGUGGACGACGUGUGCAUGCAUCUCUCCAACUACUCCAUUAAUAAGCACAGUGACAACUUUGUCCGUGAUGACGACACUGGCAGCAAACGUAAGCUGUCUACACUGAACAAGCAAAUGGAAUCAAUCUGUUGCAACACAGAGAAGUUGUGGAAAGAUAUUGAGGAUGUGAUCUUAAAGACUCUGAUCUCUGCUCACCCGAUUCUCAAGCACAAUUACCACACGUGCUUCCGCAGCCACACCACUGGCAGUGCCUGCUUUGAAAUCCUGGGCUUCGAUGUGCUGCUGGAUCACAGGCUCAGACCCUGGGUGCUAGAGGUGAAUCACUCCCCAAGUUUUACUACAGACUCACAGCUGGACCAUGAGGUGAAAGAUGCCUUGCUGUAUGACACCCUGGUUCUAAUUAACUUGGGUGCUUGCAACCGCCGUAAAUUCACCAUGCAGGAGAGGCACAGGUUUGAAGAAAGGCUACAACUAAACCACUCCAAAGAGGCCAGGUAUGAGGAGCUGCGUCAGUGCCAGGCAACUGCAGCGAAGCACAUGGACCAGUAUGAGGCCAAACACCUGGGUGGCUUCAAGAGGAUCUAUCCCAGCGAGGGGUAUGAAGCAUACGACAAGUUCUUUAAACAAAGCAGCUCACUUUUCCAGGAGACUGCAGCUUCCAAGGCCAGAGAGGAGUGUGCCAGACGACGACUGCAGGAGCUGCAUCUGAAGCAGACGGACAAGGGCGGCCAGAGGAGAGACCUUCAAGGGGAGACCGCGGGGGAGAAAGCUAAGCCACAGAGACCUCAAACAAAACCCUCCACCUCAAAGUCUGACACCAAGCUACAGAUGCUGUUUGCUAAGCCCCCUCAGUCUGACAUGACAAUGAGUCCUACAGCUACUGUAAUGCUCGAGAUGCAGGCGCCACAGCCAGAUGAGAAGGGUGAGGACAAGGACCAGGAGAUGCUCAGGGAGUUGCUUCAGAGAAAGAAGCUGUGUGAGAUGGGGGUGAUGGACCAGAUCCAAGAGCUGCUUCAGGGCCAAGUGGAAGCAUCAGUCCGGUCCGAUGCCACGAUUGCCUCUUGCCACCAGCCAGUCUAUGAAAAACAGCAGGAGACAAAGUUGGACUCUGUCAUGCAGUUUCCUCAAAGACCUAGGGCGCUGCAGCAGCACCAGGAGCAAUGUCCUAGGUUUACACGGCAGCAGCACCUGCUCAGGCUCACGCUUAACCAGAGAGGCCUGAAUGAGUCUGUGUCCGUGCAGGCGGAGAGCCAGACCAGACCAGGAGGAACCGUCAGUGCUCGACACACACCGUGGUCAGUCAGGUCUGUGGUCGUCCAGCGGGACAGCAGAACCAGCUCCCGGUCCCGCAUCCUGGGUGCAAACUGUGUCCUGACAAGAGGCCUGGGCUGUGCUCAUGUGUCCCGUGACCCCGUAGCCCUGCAAGGACUGUAUGUCAUUUCCACUCGUGCACCCUUGUUCAGAAGGCCUGGAGUCUCUCACAUCGUCUGCUACAAAUCCCACAGAACCCCCCAUCAUGGACAGGGGCUGUAAAGAACUUAGCAACAUGAGGCUGCUCUGCUGAAAACAGCUGCUGACCAGAAUCAUUUUCCACCUUUGAGGACUGAAUGGAAAACAAAUGGGAGAAAAUACACUGUCCCAAUAACUGUUUAAUAUUUAAAUCUGCAUAUGUGCUGCUUACAGUAAUAUAAACCCUAACACUACAAGGAAAUUAGAUCAAUUUCAUAUUUGGAAUUUGUUUACCAUGUUCUGCCUACAUUUUAAGUCAGAAUAUUUUUUCAUAUUAAGAAACUUGGUGCCAACUUGACAGCAGGUGUAAAUUACUGACAUGUAUUUGCUGAUAUCUGCAUGUAUCUGUAUAACAUCAGGCUAAACAAAACCACAGUUGGUAUACUGCUGGAUAUAACCAUCAAAUUAAGUCAGUAAAAUGCAUAAUCAUAUGAGCUCAGGGAGAUUUUUGAUUGCUGUUUCUUAUCAGAGAAUAGUUAAAUGAACUAAGCAAAUGAUCAAUAAAAUGUGUUUUUGAAAGGACA